AUGGCAAAGCAGGUUGCCAUCGUUGGAGCUGGGAUUAGUGGCCUCCUGGCCUGUAAGUACACCUUGUCCAAGGGAUUCGAUCCCGUUGUGUUUGAGUCCCGGGACAGCAUUGGAGGGGUAUGGACCAAAACUAUACAAUCCACCAAACUGCAAACUCCCAAAUCUCUUUAUCAAUUCUCGGACUUUCCGUGGCCACCUCAAGUUACAGAAGAUUUUCCAACCCAAAAUCAAGUUCUUGACUAUCUCCAAGCUUACGCGCAUCACUUUAACUUGUUCAAAAAUAUUAGGUUCAACAGUAAAGUUGUUAGCCUCAGCUAUGAAGGGCCAUCCGAUGCAGAAAUGGAAGCGUGGGCAUUUUGGAGUGAGACGGGCGAGCCCUUUGCCCCAAAAGGAAAGUGGAAUGUCACAGUGGAGAACACUUCAAGCCGUACAACAGAGACUUACCAAGUGGAUUUUGUCAUUCUUUGCUUGGGGAGGUAUAGCGAUGUACCAAAAUUUCCAAAUUUUCCAGCAAAUAAGGGCCCCGAAGCCUUUCCAGGAAAGGUGAUACAUUCGAUGGAAUAUUCUAACAUGGAUCAUGCAACUGCCCAUAAAUUUAUCCAAGGAAAGCAAGUUACCGUUGUUGGAUUCCAGAAAUCUGGAAUGGACAUUUCAAUGGAAAUCUCAACAGCCAAUGGCAUCGAACACCCAUGUACUCUUUUAUACAGGACUGAGCACUGGAAUAUACCUGAUUACAUCCCGUGGGGAGUUCCUCUCGGCUAUCUAUAUCAGAGUCGAUUCUCAGAGCUCUUGAUUCAUAAGCCUGCUGAAGGGCUUCUUUUAAGCCUCCUGGCAACAAUUUUCUCGCCUUUGAGAUGGGGAAUUUCGAAAUUUGUUGAAAGUCACAUUAAAAGAAAGCUAAGGCUUGCACAGCACGGGUUGAGGAAGGAAGCAUCAAACUUGAGAAAGCGCAAAGUUUUACCUUUUGCAGUGAAGGAUUGCGUAACUGGGAAAACUAGACUUCCACUAUACAGGGAAUGUAUUCAUCCUCGGAUUCCUCAAUUAGCAUUAGUUGGUUUGUCAGUAAGUGUUGCAGAUCUGUUCACCUCGGAGAUAAGAUGUCGUUGGUUAGUUGAGCUUCUUUCUGGGACAUUCAAGCUACCAAGCCUAAAGGAAAUGGAGAGCAAUGUAUCCCAAUGGAAUGACAGCAUGAAGCAAUCCUUGGGUGAAUACUACGAGAGAUCGUGUUUAGGUGCAUUGCAAAUAUGGUAUAUUGAUCAAUUGUGCAAGGAUAUGGGAUGGAAUCCUAGACGGAAAAAGGGUCUCCUUCGAGAGUUGUUCGAGCCAUAUGGACCAUUGGACUACGUUUAA